AUGGAAAGUGCUCGGGACGUUGAAGCUGAAGCUGGAUUGGCGAAUACAACCCACGAUCCAAAUGCUGAACAUAAGCUUCAGAAUCACGAGGACCCGUCCUCGGCGCGAACGUCUCAGCCAUCGCAAAACACGCAUCCAACAAACACAGUUGACACAGCCUUGAAAACGCCAGAUGCAGAUAAUGCAGAAGCCUCGAACAACCCCAGCCAACCCUCCACGCAGCCUCCUACCGCCCAGCCCAAGCAAUUCAACCUCUCCAUGUUGGAAAUCGGCGAGCUCCUAGGAAACGGCGCAUACGGCACUGUCCAUCUCGCGCGCGAACGAGAUUCGUCCCCGACACGUACAUACGCGCUCAAAACGCUCUCCAAAGCAGCGCUCGCCCGGCUCCAGACCCAACAUCCCUUAACCGAGUGGGAGCAGAUCCAGCGGCAGAUAGACAUGCCCGGCACCUUGCACCAACGGAAUAUCAUGAGAUGCCACGGGCGCUUCGAAGACGCGACGAAUGUGUAUCUCGUGCUUGAACUCACGCAGAAGCGGGAUCUGUAUAAGCGGCUGCAGGAGCACAAGGCUUUCCCCGAGGCGGACGCAGCGCGCUAUAUCGCGGGUGUGGUGGCGGCGCUGCAGUACCUGCAUAGCAGGCAUGUCAUCCAUCGGGAUCUGAAGCCGGAACACCUGCGUCUAGGCACGGAUGGCGAGGUGAAGAUCUCGGGGUUUAAGUGGGCUGUUUUUGCACGGCCGCCUGAGUAUAGGAGACGUACGUUGUGCGGGACGUUGGAUUAUCUGCCGCCGGAGAUGUUGAAGAGCGCUAGCGAAAGCGAAAGCAAAGACCAUGAUGCGUAUACGAGUAAGGUUGAUCUGUGGGGUUUGGGAGUGUUGGUGUAUGAGUUUUUGGUGGGGGAAGCGCCGUUUAAAGAUCUGCCUGCGGUGACGCAGAAGAGGAUUGAGGGGUUGGAUUUUACGGUGCCGGGUUCUGUGGGUGGUGAGGCUGGGGAUUUGAUACGCAAGCUCCUGGUUCUUGAUCCUGAUAAGCGGUUGUCUCUCGAUGAGGUUCGGAAACAUCCAUGGAUCACUAAAUAUACAGGCCCAGAGGCAGAUCAAUCUACUGUACAAGAGUGGGAGCUUGUAUAG